AUGCUUUGUGUAACGACGAGAGGUAUCGCUCAUUUACUUAGCCGCCUACGUCUUUCAUUCUUGUGCGACUCUGCUACAUUCCUAUCGGCCACAUUCUCUUCCAAGGCUAAACCCCGGUCCGGUAAAUCGUCUAUGACAGUUCCUACAGUUGAUGUUUGGGAUGGCAUUAAGAUCUCAGAACUCUCAAAACUGACAAAACGUCCUGUUGGCAGUAUUAUCCGCUCCGUCAAUAGCGGGUUGCUGGGAUCGCUUCGAGUAAGCGCUACGACCUCGAUUGAAAAUCGGGAAUUGCUGACUGGACUUGUAUCCCUUCUGGGGUUUAGACCCAACUUUGUCAAUCGCAGUUCACCCGAAACGACCAAAGGGAGGUCUCCAAUGGAUGGAUUUGACGUCCAUCCCAGACCUCCGCCGGACUCGACGUGUUGUGUACCUCGACCACCGGUGGUGGCAAUAAUGGGCCACGUGGACCACGGCAAGACGACCCUGUUAGACGCGCUGCGCGCCUCGCGCAUUGUGGAUGAAGAGUUCGGUGGCAUCACUCAGCAUCUCUCCGCUUUCUCCCUCUCGGUCGCGGAGGCCGCUGCCGUAGCGGGCGGGGGUAUUGGCAGUGAAGGGGACGGAGGCAUCAUCACCUUCAUCGACACUCCUGGCCACUCCGCUUUCUCGGCCAUGCGGGCGCGCGGUGCCAAGGCCACCGACAUAGUCCUCCUCGUGGUAGCCGCCGACGAUGGCGUCAUGCCUCAAACCGUUGAGUGUAUUAGAUUUGCCAAGGAAUUUAACGCUCAGCUCCUCGUCGCAAUCAAUAAAAUAGACAAGUAUGGUGUUGAUGUGGAGCGGACGAUUCAGGGCCUAGCGGCUCACGGUGUAGUGGUGGAGCGACUGGGUGGCGAGGUGCAGGGAGUGGAGAUAUCUGCGCUGCGGCGCAUUAACCUCGUCCCCCUGUUGGAGGCCAUCGUGGCGCAGGCCGAGGUGAUGCAGGUCACUGCAGACCCUACCGGGCCCGUCGAGGCUCUCGUUCUUGAAUGCCGUGCCGAGCAUGGCCUGGGGAAGGUGGUGAAUUGCCUGGUGACGCGGGGUGAGUUAAAGCAGGGCGCCAGAAGCGGUCCUCUGGUGGCUGGCGAGAGCGUAGGUUGCGUGCGCAUCCUUCGCAACGACCGUGGCGUCCGUGUGGACUCCGUUGGACCCGGCUACACCGCUUUCAUCGCCGGCUGGAAGACUACGCCUCCUGUGGGUAGCACUAUCCUCGAGGUCGCCUCAGACGCAGAAGCGGAGGCGGCGGUUCGGACUCGGCGUCAGCGGCGGUUGGAACAGAAGUCGCGAGUAGACCGAUUGUUUAUCGACCAGCGGAAGGCCGAGUACCGUGCUGCUUACGAGGCUUACCUCAAAAAAUGCGAGCAAAUGGACCCCGUUGCUUCCCGUCGCUUCGCCUCCCAGUUCAGAAAAGACCAAACAACAUGGUUAGCUAAUGUGGGCAAUGAAAAGGAAGCGAAGGAACUGCGUGUUCCCUUGAUCGUCAAGGCCGAUGUUGAUGGGAGUUUGGGCGCGAUUUCAGACAUGCUAGCAACCUGUCCGUCCGACCAGUGUUGCGUGCAAAUCGUCUCCUCAGGUGUCGGUCCUGUCACCCCAGCCGAAGUGGAUCUUGCGGCAGCCAUUGGAGCUGAAAUAUUCACAUUCAACGUCGAUGCACUUCCGGGUGCGAAGUCAGCACUCGAUGCGCACAACCUCAUACUCCACUCGCACAACAUCAUCUACAGGCUUGCUGAAGACGUGCGCUCCCUCGUUAAUGACAAGCUACCUCCUGUCUAUCUUGAAGAAGUAGUCGGUGAAGGCGUGGUCCUGCAGACCUUUGAGGUCUCCGUGAUUCGUACCAAGCGUCAGGAGGAGGUAGUGGUCGGUGGAUGUCGUUGCACGCAUGGCAACAUCCUCUCUGGAAAGUCCUCCAAGCACGGUACAGAUCCGAUUCUGUUUCGCGUUCUGCGUCCAACACUAGAUUCUAACGACCGAGGCGACACGGGAAUGCGAUCCAGUAAACGGAUGACAAAGCCAGAGGAGGCAGUCCGCUUGGAAUACGGGGAGGCACAGGAGGGCGUCCCGACUAACAGCGGUCGAGUCUUGUUGGACCGCGCCCUUUGCUUCUCUCUGCGUCACGGCCGCAGCGAUGUUGACUCGGUGCGACGGAACGUCGAGUUCGGCAUUGUCCUCCUCCACACCAGCACGGAACACCGAAGCCUUAGCGACCUCCAUCAACACCCGCCUGAGGCCUCCACCACUGCCUCCGUCUUCGAUGGCUGGGCCCGUGGUGACAUGAUUCAGUGCUUCCGCAUCGUCAAACGUCCUCAAUCCCUCGAGUGGCACAUCGACCACCCUCCAACCUCCGAGAUUUGA